AUGGCUGACAUAUUCUUUGCAUACCGUCGCAACAAUCCUGGGCUGGAGGAUGCUUUCGAUGAUCUCGGGGAUGGUUUGAGCCUGGAGCGGGUGAGUCGUGAGCUGAACACCGACGGUGCCCAUCUGAUACAACAACUCGCUGAGUAUCACAACUUGCUGAUGGCUCUGGUGGAUGUUGAACGAAUGAACCUCGGCGACCUCGAUGAAGUGAUUGCCAGGCCUGGUGAGGGAGUUGCUCAAGAUCUAUCUCGGAACGGAUCACAGCAAGAGGUGCAUUCGCUGAACGUGUGGGAUGUCGUUGCUACUGCCUUCGUGGUCGUGCUCGUCAUUGCGAUCUACAGACUACAUAGUACAGCUUGA